AUGGUCUCAGAUGAUUUUAGCUUCCCAAAAAUCACCAACCCUUUGCCUCAAUUGACAUCUUUACCAUCGUUAUGGCGAGUAACUUCCUUGGUCUAUCCAGAAUAUGGAGAUAAUGAAGAGGAUGUUGACAGUCAAGUACUGGGCCUCCAAAGGAAGAGCUUCUCGAUCGCCUGCUUAUCAGAAAGGGAAGCGAAUAAGAGAGAAAGUGAUGAUCCGGAGAAAAUGGACAUGCUGUGGGAGGAGUUCAAUGAAGAACUGAAACGGGUCUCUUCCUCGAGCAGCAGAAAAGAUGCGAGAGUAGUAUCAUCAAGGGGAAGCGGUACUGGAAUAUUCGCAGAGCCCAGCAGAGAGUCGUCACUGGAGCUUUACAACGGUCAGGCUCAGGCCCGGGCCCAUGCCUCGAAGAUGACCAAAACAGGCAUAGGCAGUGGGAUGAUUUACCACAAGCGGCAGAGUAAGAGCAUGUUGACGGUGAUGAAGACCCUGAAGAAGAUGUUUUAUCUUCGCAACUUGGUUUGGGUAAAGAACUAA